AUGGAAGACGACUAUAGCCUCGACUUGACCAGAUCCGGGGACCUGCGGGUCGAUGCGACCCCGUUUCUCCCGGUGAGACAUGGUGUCGGGUUGGGCCUCGGGUGGGCAACGGUUUCUCAACUGCACCCCCGCGCAUCGGGAUCCCAGGCCAUUGCGCCGAUGCGUAUCGCGCCAGAUCUGGCAGCAAUAUGGUACUUGCGUGCUCUGACACCGAGCAAGGACCCCCACACCUCCAAGGCUUCCGCCUCGACGGUGACACCGAGACCAUUCGCCCCGCAGUCGGAGCGGAUGAAACCCAUCAAGACUGUCAUCUCGCAGCGCGACGUACUCGCGACACUAGACAAAGUGCCAUUCACUCCUAGUCAGGGCGUGUGCACACCAAGUCCGACACACACGUGGAUAGCCCACCACCCCCCGACGAUCGUGGACGGCAGGAAUGGCGCGCCCUGGGCAAGUCAGGGGCAGGAGCAGGCCGCGCAGUGUCAGCAGAGCCAGCAGCACUACGGGAGCCCCGGGAGCAAUGCGUCCGACGCCUCCAUGUUUCCCGCCAGCAAGACCAGCGGGUCAUCCGGCACGGCCAGCCCCCUCACCCGUCCCCUGGUCCAGUCCCUCUUCUACCCGCUCCCCGGCUCGCCCCGUGCCUCCAUCCAGGACCAUGCCGGCGGCCUGGAGCAGGGCUGGGAGCCCCUCGGCAGCCCCAGCGGCCGCUCCAUGUUCGCCCAGUUCUUCGCCGGGGAGCUGGACGCGGAGGGGGAGGCACCCCUGCUGUCCGACGAGGGCGUGCUGUCCCCGGGAGGAAAGGACGCCCAGGGCCGUGAUGGGGCGGGCGCCAUCGAGGUGACCCCGGCAGCCUACGGCCUGGCGGCCUCCCUGUGCACGGCCCAGGGCCUGGCAGAGCCCCCGAUGCAGUUGGUGGAGCUGGCCUCCCUCCUUAUGUCCUAUGGGCUGGCUGUGGGCGCCAGCGGCCCCCCCUCGCCCGUGCAGGAGGGCAGGGGUCGUGUUAAGCGGACCAAAACGCAGCCCCUGCGCCUGAAUGCCGACGGCAGCAUCCGCCUGAACGCGAGGCAGCGCCGGACGCUCCGGCGGGCACAGGAGCGGGCCCUGCGGUCCCUCGUGGAUGCACAGCGCCUCGUGCAUGGCGGCAGCCUCACCCAGGCAGCCUCGCGGGUGUUCCAGGCCGAGGGCCUGACCUACCCCAGCCAGGCCAAGCCUCCCCUGGCCCCCCCCCCCACCUUGCAGGUGCCCUACACCGCAAGCACGACGGUGUUCACCGCCGGGGGCUACCAAGGGUACGCCCCAGGCAUGGGCGCCCUGGGCGGCGGCCACUUCGUGGACGCCAGCGGCUACUUGCCCGCCGGCUACCACCCACCCUUACACGCCCCCGGCGGCUACUGCGGCGUGCAGGCCCGGGGCGCCCCGCCCCAGGUCGGGCCCCCACAGAUGGCGUCAUGGGGUCCGCCGCCGGCCCUGGCGCAGCAUGCGCCCCUCCUGCUCGCCGGCUCACUGGGGCAGCCGCAGGGGCAUGUGGCGCGGAGUUGCAGCAUGAGGCCCGGGCAGCGCAUCAGCAGGUUUGCCCCCGACCAGGUCUGA